GUUCUGAAUUCUGAUCUACUUUUUGCCUUUGAAUAUUUUCUUUGAGUCAUCAUGUUUCCUUGGCAAUUUCUCACAUCCCCUGCUGGGAAAUGGCUGGGAUUUGUAACUGCCAUUUGGGUUCAAGCAAUCAGCGGCAACAAUUACACAUUUUCCAACUAUUCUCAUGCUCUAAAAUCUCUCAUGGCACUUACCCAGCUUCAGCUUAACAACUUAUCUGUGGCUAAAGAUGUUGGCAAGGCCUUCGGGCUCUUAUCUGGCCUGGCUUCUGAUCGUUGGCCGACCUCCAUUAUUCUCAUUUUUGGAGCAGUGGAAGGGCUCAUAGGAUAUGGAAUUCAAUGGCUGGUUGUUAGCCAGAGAAUCAGUCCUCUUCCAUACUGGCAGAUGUGCAUAUUUAUGUGCAUAGGAGGCAACAGCACAACCUGGAUGAACACAGCAGUGCUAGUGACCUGCAUGAGAAAUUUUGCAAAAAACCGCGGUCCGGUUUCAGGCAUCCUUAAAGGGUAUGUGGGGUUAAGCACAGCAAUCUUCACAGACUUAUGCACUGCUCUAUUCUCCUCCAACCCCUCCAAAUUCCUUCUUAUGCUUGCUAUAGUCCCUGCCAUUGUUUGCCUCACUGGUGUCCUGUUCCUCAAGGAAACCGAACCGGCUUCUAUGCCAUCAGAGCAGAAACAAGAAGCAGAGUUCUUCCAUGCCUUCGAUGUCAUUGCCAUUGCUGUAGCUGUCUAUCUCUUGGCAUUUGACAUCACUGGAACUCAUGGUCGUGUUCUCUCUUUGGCAUUUGUCAUAGGACUUGCUGUCCUUCUAGCCAUGCCCUUGGGUGUACCUUUGUACACUUUUCUCUACACACCCAGCGGCACCCAACCCAGUUGCCAUAAUGAUGAUAUAGAACAUCAAAUUAAGGAACCAUUGCUUGCUAAAAUAGGAGGGCCAAUUGAGAAGCCACCAGAGAUACAGAACUCAAAUGAAGGCAUUAAUUUGAGAGAUAUUGUAGGAAAGCGGCAGCCAUUGAUUGGGGAGGACCAUACCAUUAUUGAAAUGGUACAAACGUUUGAUUUUUGGAUACUGUUUUUCUCAUUUCUUUGUGGCGUUGGCACUGGAAUGUGUGUCAUGAACAAUAUGGCACAGAUGGGGCUGGCACUUGGCUACCAUGAUGUCUCCAUUUUCGUAUCGCUUACUAGCAUUUGGGGGUUCUUUGGUCGCAUAGUCUCUGGCCUGGCCUCGGAAUAUUACAUUGGGAAAUGUGGCACCCCUAGGCCUCUUUGGAAUGCAGCUGCUGAGGUUCUAAUGGCACUUGGGUUCAUAGCUAUGGCUUCAGCCUUGCCUGGAUCUUUCUACAUUGGUUCAAUUUUGGUGGGCAUGGGGUAUGGGGUGCUUCUCACCAUAACAGUUCCAGUUGCCUCAGAGCUAUUUGGUCUCAAAUACUAUGGACUUUUGUACAACAUUCUCAUCCUCAACCUUCCUUUGGGCUCCUUCCUCUUCUCUGGCUUACUUGCUGGUCUUCUAUAUGAUGCUCAAGCCACUAGCACCAGCGGCGGUGGGACCACCUGUGUUGGGCCCCACUGUUACAUGCUUGUGUUUGUGAUCAUGGCAAUUGCUUGCAUGCUUGGGCUUGCACUGGAUGUGCUGUUGGCAUUUAGAACAAAGAAUGUUUAUGCCAAGAUUUAUGAGAGCAAAAACCACACUACGACCGCAUAGUUUAAUCUUGCUGCUUGCGUUCUCUCCUUGUUCACGGUGUUGUGAAUGAUUUGUUUUUGCAAAUGCUAAUUAAUUGUACAAAUUUUUAUAUUUUUUAUUUUUUAUUUGGAGUAGAUA